AGUGACAAAAUCCGCACUGCACAUGGAUAUAUGACGUGGUGUAUCCAAUUUUUGUAUAAAAAAAUAUAAGAUUUGUGAAACAAGUGGAGGAUGCAGUUGUCACUUAUAGCAACACUUCUGAUAGUAUGUUACACAGGAGUAACAUUUGUGAACAGCUUAGCUGUUAUGUCAGUAGAUUUAGGUUCAGAAUGGAUGAAGGUAGGAAUUGUUUCACCAGGAGUCCCUAUGGAAAUUGCCUUAAACAAAGAAUCAAAAAGAAAAACUCCAGCAGUUAUUAGCUUUAGGGACAAUACAAGGCUUUUUGGUGAAGAUGCCCAAACCAUGGGUGUCCGUUUUCCCAAACAAACUUUCAGUUACCUUUUAGAUUUAUUAGGUAAGAGUAUAGACCAUCCAUUAGUGAAACUAUAUCAGGAACGGUUCCCUUAUUAUAACAUUGUUGAGGAUUCUGAGAGGAAGACUGUUUUAUUUCAAAUAGAUGAAGAAACUGCUUACAGUCCAGAAGAACUGGUUGCUCAGUUAUUAGGAAAGGCUAAAGAAUUUGCAGAAACCAGUGCCCAACAACCAAUCAAGGAAUGUGUCUUGACUGUACCUGGUUACUUUAAUCAAAUUGAAAGAAAGGCUCUCUUACAAGCAGCUGAAUUGGCUGGACUUAAGGUACUUCAGUUGAUUAACGACUACACAGCAGUUGCACUUAAUUAUGGAAUAUUCAGAUCUAAGACAUUUAAUGAUACAGCUCAAUACGUUAUGUUCUAUGAUAUGGGAGCAUCUUCUACAACUGCUACACUUGUUAGUUACCAGAGUGUAAAAACGAAAGACAAGCCUUAUGUUGAAGUACACCCACAAGCUACAAUUUUAGGAGUAGGUUUUGAUAGAACGCUUGGAGGACUUGAAAUGCAAGUUAGAUUAAGAAACUACUUGGCUACUAAAUUCAAUGAGAUGAAAAAGACUAAUAAUGAUGUCUUUAAAAAUGAUAGAGCUAUGGCUAAACUAUUUAAGGAAGCUGGUAGAGUGAAAAAUGUUUUAUCAGCUAAUGCAGAACAUGCUGCACAGAUUGAAGGGUUAUUAGAUGAAAAAGAUUUCAAAUUGCCAGUUAAAAGGGAUGAAAUGGAAGCACUUUUUGGGGAUUUGUUCGAGAGAGUUAACAAACCGAUAGAACAAGCAUUGAAAACGGCUCACCUAACAAUGGACGUCGUCAACCAAGUGGUUCUAGUAGGAGCCGGUACCAGAGUACCCAAAGUACAAGAACAUCUCAGAAACGCCGUUGGGCAAGAGUUGGCCAAAAACUUAAACACAGAUGAAGCCGCUGCCAUGGGGGCUGUUUAUAAAGCCGCUGAUCUUAGUACUGGUUUCAAAGUUGCUAAAUUUAUUACCAAAGAUGCUGUUGUGUAUCCAAUUCAGGUUACAUUUGAAAGACUUGCAGAAACAGGUGUUAAACAAGUAAAGCGCACACUUUUUGGCCUCAUGAACUCCUAUCCUCAAAAGAAAAUCAUAACUUUCAACAAACACACCAGUGACUUCAAUUUCAAUGUGAACUAUGCUGAUCUAGAUUUCUUACAUCCUAAAGAACUGCAAUAUUUAGGAACCACCAAUAUAUCCCAGUUUGAACUAAAAGGAGUUUCUGAUGCUUUGAAGAAACAUUCAGGGGAAAAUGUGGAAUCCAAAGGUAUCAAAGCUCAUUUUGCAAUGGACGAUUCUGGUAUUUUGAACUUUGUGAAUGUUGAAUUAGUUGUUGAGAAGACUGUAGUUCCUGAUGAAGAAGAAGGAACACUAUCUAAAUUAGGUAGUACGUUUAGCAAAUUAUUCGGCGGAGAGGAGAAACCAGCAGAAGACAAACCAACGGAAGCUCCUCCUUCUGAAGAUAAACAAGCUGAAGAGACCGAAGAAAAACCAGUCGAAGAAAAAGAAGAACCAAAAGAAAAAUCAUCUAAGGACACUAAGAAAACUGUGAACGAAACUGCUAAAAACGCUACAGAAAAAGUCAAAGAAGCAAAGCUAAAAGUACAGACAGUAAAAGAAUCGAUAACGACUGUUGAACAGUCGUUUGGUGUUCCAAGCUUGAAUAAAAAACAACUCAGUAGAUCACAGGAAAAGAUUGACGCUUUAGAUAAAAUCGAGAAGGAGAUCAACAGAAAAGCCACUGCCAUGAAUAACUUAGAAAGUUUUGUUAUAGAUAUGCAAAAUAAAUUAUAUGAAGACGAAUAUACCGAGGCAACCACUCCUGAAGAACAAGAAAAAAUAAAAACGGCUUGCGCACAGAUCUCAGAAUGGUUAUACGAUGAAGGUUCAGACGCAGACGCAGAAACAUACGAAAAGAAAAUCGAUAGCUUAAUGGCAAUUACCAAAGACGUACUUGCUCGAGUAUUCGAACACAAAGAGAGACCAGAAGCAGUUAAUGCUUUAAAUACUCGUUUGAAUCAAUCGUCAAACUUCUUAGUCAGCGCUAAAAAUGCUACAAAAGACAACCCAGACAGGGACAUUUUCACAGACGUGGAAGUGCAAACCUUGGAAAAGAUGAUUAAAGAAACUGAAGAAUGGAGAGACAAAAUGGUAAAAGAACAAGAUGCCACUAAAAAGAGUGAUCCAGUUAAGUUGACUAUCAAGUCUAUUAUGGAUAAAAUGGCCGCACUAGAUAGAGAAGUUAAAUAUAUGUUAAACAAAGCGAAGAUGUGGAAACCCAAAAAGGUGGAAAAACCUGUAAAAGAAGAUACCAACACAACAGACUCCGGAAGCGAAAAUGUCGUAGUAGAAGAACCACCUACAGAGGAACCAGCCUCGGAGCCUAAAGAAAGUCCCAAGGAAGAGCAGACGGAGACCAAAAAAGACAAACCCUCCGAGACAAUAGAAGGAGAAGAAGACAGCCAUUCAGAGCUGUAGUUAGUGAAAAUUUUAGGAUAUGAACAAUUUACUAGGUUAAAAAUCAAUUGACAUCUUGGGAUUGAGUCUAAAUAUUGAUGUGGUAAUAGCGUAUGUUCUCGACAAUUUAAGUAAAAUUAAUUGGAAGAAAGUCAUUGGUUUUUUAUACAAAUUUUUCUUCCAAUAAAGUUUAUUCAAAUUUACGCUAGCGUACUGUAAUUUAUUUAUUGAAGUAUUAUUUGGAUUUAUUUUUUUAAAUAAAUGUUUUAUUGUUUAUUUAUUGAAUUGUUCAAGUAUAUGGUAUAUGGUCUCAACAUUCAGUGCAAUACAUUGGUCGAAAAUUUAGAACAACACUUGCUUGUUAUUAUGUAUCUUACGAUGAAUGCAAAGGUACAAAGCAAUAUACUUGGUUAUUUCUGCCGAUAUUCUUCUUUCUUGACAUUCCUUAUACCCUUCAAGAUUCUCCAGUUUCUGCAGGUAUAUAAAAACAUUCAUAUUUGCCUUUUGAUGGCGAUAAAAAGCAGUAGAAUUACUGUGUGUGUGACUUGAAAUGUUGUUCUAUAGUCUUUAAGGAUACGGAAAUAAAAUGAUUGGCAGAGAAACUCUUUUUAUAUCAUGAGAAACAAAUCCAUGGAAAUAUAUGAGUCGAACAUGAAUAUUCGUCUUCACAUUAUAGCCAACAAUCAGCAAAUCGAACAAAUAAACUGAUCUUAAGGGCAUAGGCGCAAAAUGUCGUCUGUCAAAAUGUUCAAUGCAUUUUAAAUGUAUUCAUUUUUUUUUCGAAUCCUGAGAAAACUAAUAAGUAUUUUUGAAAAAUUUAAACGCAGAAUGAAAGAUUUCAUUAUUACCGAGGGCCGAAAGUCUCUUAGAAUAACCAAGAAGUUUCAUUUGAAUGAGAUAUUUGAAAUUAAAAGUCACAAUAAAUUGUCUCUUUUCUUUACCUCCCUGUAACUUAUUAAAAUAAACAUAGAAGUUUUCAGUGACUCUCGGCACUCAGUAAUAACGUAGUCUUUAAUUCUGCGUUCAAAUUUUUCAAAUAUUCUUAUUAUUUUCUCAGCAUUCGAAAAAACUUUUAAAAUACAUUGAACAUUUUGACAAACGACUAUGCCCUUAAAGCAGGAGAUGAAAUUAGUACCCCAAAGAAGCGACAUCCAAUAUAUAAAUUAAAAUUUACUAUUUUUACUGGGAAUAAGCCACAAUAUUACUUUAGAAUAAGUUUAUUUCUGGUGUUUCGAUUUCCAUUUCGAAAAUCGUUCACAAAAUAAAAAUUUUGUUUUUGUUACUUGGUAAUAAAGAAAAAAUAAUUUUAUUUGAUAGGACUCAUUCAUAUUGACAAGUUAGACACAUUAUACAUUUUAAAGUAGAUGACUUUAAAAUGGUAUUGUUGAUAUUUUGAGUUGCGCUCCUGGGACGACUUUAUUGGAAGAUAGUUCAUUCAAAUAUAUGAAAUCAAAAAUAGUAGCAUGUGACUUAUCUUUAAAAAGAUAACCAGAUGCAAUUCUCCUGUUAGUGAUCCCUUAGUAAAUCACGAGGAAAAAACCUCAUGGUACAAUUCCGUCAUGGUAAGUAUUUCGUCAUACAUUUAGUUCUCUCAAUAUUAACAUCAAACUCUGAUUUUAUUUUCCUCUUUUGAUGUAGGUUACCAGAUCCUACAGCAUUUUGCUGAAGAAUUUGCCACAAAAUUGAUUUGAUCUAACAUAAGAGCCGAAGAGAUUCUUUGAUUUUUCUCUUUUUACCAUCUGUCUGUUUCAGGACUAUACUUGAAACUAUCCACUGAACUCUACGUUCAUUUUUCCAUGCGUGUUUAUAUAUUUGGGAUAUAUCAAAUUUCUUUAUCGUUCGGAAAUACUCUGGUAAGCAUAUGGUCUUCGACGGUAUAUGCAUGUAUGUACUAUAAAAAUAGUAACGAUAUGUCCUAUUUCAGAACUAAAAUGCAAUUAAUCCAUGACCAUAAAACACAAAGCUGCGGUUCCAGGCUAUUUAAUUGUUUAUUCUGAUUGAAGGUAUUACCAUAUAUUAUAUAUAAAAAGCUGAUUAAAGAUACUUUUUUAAACACUAUUUUAUACUUUAUAUGUAUAUUUUGUUGUUUCACCUGUUAUGUAGUUUUAUAAUUAUUCUAGAUUGUAAAUGUUACGUAACUGUAUACCAAAAGUUCUCAGAAGAUAAAUAUUUCUACGCUUGAUAGAAGUAUGGCCAAGUAUUCAUAAAUUAUUUUAACAUUUGUGAUUGUAAGUAUCGAUACAGUAAAUUUUU